CCCAAGACCAUCCCCCAAAGCCUCUAACCAUUUAACUGAAAGAUGGUGAUAUUCUAGUCAACUACAGCCUGACAUGUUUCACCUUUGCAUAAGAGAGCUUCUGUUUACAGACUGCACAACUAUGAAUUACAGCCUCUACUUCAAUGCUGGUCCAUACUCCAUAGAAACUCCCCUUAGUCCCCUGCCACCACCAGGUCGGAUUAUAUACUUCACACAUGAGGCUUACUUUUUAACGCCUUUGAAACGGUGGAGUUUCUCACUUUCUCUCGUGUACUAAGAUUCCUUGGUAGAACUACUGGGUUCCUUCCAAACCAGGAGUAGUUCUUCAGGUCUCUGCAGGUUUCUCAAUAGAGUGAGAACUGCCUGCGGUAAACCCUUUGAAUCGCACAUCCAAUGGAGAACCUUCGUGGCUUCUUGCUUAUUUGGGUCGUCUCCAUCUUUCUCUCGUUCAACUUAAUCAAUGUGGAAAGCAGAUACCAUUUUCACAAGAAACAGAAGAGUAAGAGCUCAAAUGCAGGGAUUUCUUUUUGGCAGUCCCCCCCUGCUAAUCCCCCCGAUGCAGACGAUCCGCCGACUGAUCCUGGGUAUUCAACCUCGGAGCCCUGUGUUUUUGAUGUCACAUCUUUUGGGGCGGUUGGAGACGGUUCCACUGACGACACUGACGCAUUCAUGGCAGCCUGGAAAGCGGCCUGUGCGGCUGAAUCCGGGGUUCUUCUUGCUCCGUCUGAUUACGUGUUUCUGAUAAGGUCGACAAUUUUCUCAGGCCCAUGUCGACCGGGCUUUGUGUUUCAGGUGGAGGGAAUCCUGAUGCCGCCGGACGGACCAGACUGCUGGCCUAAAUCGGAUAGUAAUAAGCAAUGGCUCGUGUUUUACCGGAUAGAUGGAAUGACUCUUACUGGGUGUGGCACCAUUGAAGGGAAUGGACAAAAAUGGUGGGAACUCCCCUGCAAACCUCACAGGGGCCCUAAUGGAACGACAUUGCCUGGACCAUGCGACAGUCCUGCAUUAAUUCGGUUCUUCAUGAGUUCUAAUGUGGUGGUCAGUGGCCUACGGAUCCAGAACAGUCCCCAAUUCCACAUGAAAUUUGAUGGCUGCGAGGAAGUUUUGAUAGAACAGCUCUCCAUAUCUUCCCCUGCUCGUAGUCCCAACACAGACGGAAUCCACAUUGAGAACACAAAGUCUGUUGGAAUAUACAAUUCCAUCAUAGCCAACGGUGACGACUGCAUCUCCAUUGGACCAGGUUGUUCAGGCGUCGACAUAGAGAACGUCACUUGUGGGCCUAGCCAUGGAAUUAGCAUUGGGAGCCUAGGAGUGCAUAACUCACAAGCAUGUGUCUCGAACAUAACAGUCCGCAAUGCAUUAAUAAGGAACUCAGACAAUGGAGUGAGGAUAAAGACAUGGCAAGGGGGAAUGGGUUCUGUGUCAGCUAUAAGCUUCGAGAAUAUCCAAAUGGAGAAUGUCAGGAACUGCAUCAUUGUGGACCAGUACUACUGCUUCACAAAGGGUUGCCUGAACCAGACGUCCGCCGUGCUCGUGACCAAUGUAUCCUACAAGAACAUAAAGGGCACCUACGAUGUGCGUAGCCCCCCAAUACAUUUCGCCUGCAGUGACACGGUGGCGUGUACCAACAUUACACUUUCAGAGGUGGAGCUUCUACCUGCAGAAGGCGAGCUGGUGGAUGAUCCCUUCUGUUGGAAUGCUUAUGGAACUCAACAGACCGCCACAAUCCCUCCCAUUUCCUGCCUGCUAGACGGAGAACCUCAGUCCAUAGCAGAGAGCUCUAGUUUUGGUUGUUAGGGAGUUCUUAGUCCUACUAGAAUGAACCCACUAAUAACUUAACUGCAUACACCCCAGUAGCCCAUAUUUUUUACUCCAUCCCUUCUGGGGCUUGUUUCCCUUACAGUGUGAUGUGAUGUAGCAGAAAUGGGCCUAUUCUUUUUUAUCCCUUCAUUGUAAUAGAAUGGAAUUUUACAGGAUUACUGUAGAAGCCAAGCAUAUAAAUAAUAGUUCAGCACCGUCGUUGGUUUUCUAUA